CCAAAGCGAAACGCAGAUAAAUCAUGGCAUUGCCGCGGUACUCUUGUGCUCAAUUCAACUGGAUUGAAUGGGGUACAACAGCAAUUGAGUGAUCAAGCUCUCCAAAUAGACCCCCUCCGACGCAGCAGCAAUAUGCACUCAACCCAAAACCACUCCUCCUCCCCCGGCAAUGCCUUCUACCCGGAGACCCCUCCCAUGCGCCGCCCGGACCUGACAUACCUCUACCGCCUCGAAUGCGACAUCGACAAAGACGAGAUCAAUCUUGGCGCCCCCCACGCGGCGGGCGUCAUCCGGAGUAUCGCGAACAUCGUCGGUGGUACCUUAAAGGGGCCGGGGGGCCUUUCAGGAACCGUCCUACCUUUGGGGGGAGCGGACUGGUCCACCAUGAUUGAAGGGACGCAUUCCAUCACGCUCGAUGCGCGCUACACGGCGAAGACCGAUGACGGCCACUACCUGUAUAUUCAAGCCCAUGGGCUUUAUCGUCCCGGUCCGGGGACGGCGUAUGCGAGACAGGUGGCGGAGGAUCCGUUCUCACGCCCGCCGCCGACGGUCACUCAGGAUGAUGUGGAGUUCUUCUCGCACCUGAGGAUCGAGGCAGGACCCGGGAAGUACAAUUGGUUGAAUGGGCUGGUUUGUGUUGGGGUGAUGACCUGCGUGGAGGAUCGGAUUGUGAUUGAUGCGUACUAUUUGACGAAUUUUGGGGGCGUGGGGCCGGAUGAUGUGGUGAUGAAGCCUACCAGUUGA